AUGCCUCAUGGACCUUACGAAGUCCAUUUCUCAACAAACCAGAGCGAAUUCUGGCCAGAAACGCUUUCUGCAUCAACUCCAGACAUGUGUUCCGACUUUUCAUUCGCCACUAUGGAAUCAGGAUGCCCUUUGGGUGGGCUCUCAGAGCCGAAGGCGUGGUCGUCUUGGGGCGUCCACUCAGGACCGGAAUUGACGACUGGGAACUUGGUCAAUCUGUUUCCCUAUGUAGCUUUACAAGGCCUAUGGAACACAAUCGCACCCCUCAAUCUACGUGGAAAUUCCGUAUCACAGCCUAAGCUUUCAUCUCAAGCUGCAGCAUCUAUCCUCCAGCCCUUUAUCCAAGUUAAAUGCAAUAUUUUUGAGUCUGAUAGUAUCACAACGGGCAAUUGGAGGCCCGGAAGCAAUAUAAAAUUUCCGUUGAUUUCUGGUCUCACCAGUCAUAAUUCGGAUAUGCAUGGUGAUAUUAAUACCAUCACGAUAUCUGGACUUGACUUUGAUAAUUUCGAAGAAGAGAAUAACAUCCAUAUGACCUGGGUUAACUUGCAUGACUUUCAUAACUCAGCAUCCAUCGGUGCCGUUCUGAAACUUCCAAACAACGAAAAUAGCAUAGGGCACAAUUAUAUUGUGCCCUGCGCUGUCGAUGCCAGAUGGAUUUCUGCCGAAUUGAGUAUUGAGCCUGCAACAAGCCAAAGCGUCUUUGGUAAUUUCGGGGGCUUGGGAGCUUUCUCUGAUUUGGCGGCUUUGAUUUCAGACAUCAAUGGAAGUCGAUCUUCAGGCUUGGCUUCCAUCGUGGGUGAUAUGAUCAAAAUUGACCUUGAAUGGGCGCAAUUGAUGAAUCUUGUGACUCCUAUUGAUCACAUGUAUCCUUCGAGCGUAGGUAUGCGAACCAAUAGUACGAUUUAUAUGCCAAAUACAACUAGCAUAGAAGCUCUACUAGAGCAGAGAUUAGGUCAUACUGGGCAAUUUCCGAAUAUAUCAUCAUCUUUCGAUGCUCCAGACCUAUUUAACGCAUCAACUCCCGAAAUGACGAUUCAAGCCUUCAUUCCAAUAUUCCUAGGCAUUCUCAUAACCGACGCUCUGGCCCGGUAUACACAAGGUGAUAUAUCCUUAUUGUCUAUUAGUUCCGAGCCAGACACAAGCACAUGCAUACUAAUGGUCUACGUGUUCGGUUACCAUACAUUCGAGCUUCCCUGUGACAACCCUCGUACCAGCUCGUGGAAGUUUGAUCUUUGGAGACGGGGUUAUAGUUACGGUAUGAAAAGCUCUACGACUUGUUUUGCACUAGCUGGUCUCCUCGCACAUACUCUCAUGGCGCUUAUUUUUAUCGUGUAUCUAUGUUUCGCAGGCUGGACGACGAAAUCGUGGGGCUCAAUUGGAGAAUUGGUUGCGCUGGCGCUGAUUUCCAGGAGGACGAAAGGAUUUCGGGGAACGGAUGCUGGGAUUAGUCGUGCAGAGACUUGGGCGCAGAAUGUAAGGAUUGUGGAGGCGGGAGAUGGGGGGUUGGAGAUGAGAUUUGAGGACGGAGAGGGGGGGGGGGUAAUCGAGAUGGGAAAGAGAGUGCAGGUGGGCAAGAAAUAUGGAGAUCAAAAAGCGGCCGUGAAGACUAUCAAAAGAAGCAAAACUUCUGCCGCUAUGCCUUGA